AUAAGUAGGCACUAUUUUCGAGGCGGCAGCUGGUGUGUCCACACAGCCUCCGUGAUGCCUGGGGUGGCUUUGCUGUCUUACGCCCUGGCAAUGCUGCUCCUGCUGGCCCUGCUGGGGGCCGCCCUGCUGGGGGCCGCCUUGCUGGGGGUCACCCUGAUCUUCUGGCGGCAGGUUCCAGCACGGAGCAAGAUCCCCAGGGCCCAGAAGCACAGGGAGGAGGCCCUGCGGCGGAUGGAAGCCCUGGCACAGCGUCUCCGGCAGCAGGAGCCAGAGCUGGACCCUAAGCCCAUCCUGGAGCUGCCGCUGGAGAAGCUGGCCCAGAAGCUGCAGGCUGACGAGCUGAGUCUGGAGAGCGCCCUCUGUAGCUACUUAGAGGAGGCACUGAGGGUGCACCACGAGGUGAACUGCCUGACGGAUUUCCUGGAGGAAUGCGAGGAGCAGCUGCAGGCAUUGAAGAAGCUCAAGAAGACGGAGCGAGGCCUUCUCUACGGGGUCCCCAUCAGCCUCAAGGACCCCUAUGACUGUAUGGGCCAUGACUCCACGUGCGGCCUGGCCCAGUUCCUGGAGAAGCCGGCGGCCAAGGACGGGGUCAUCGUGAAAGUGCUCAAGGCCCAAGGAGCCAUCCCCUUCGUGAAGACCAACGUCCCCCAGACACUGCUCAGCUUUGACUGCAGCAACCCCAUCUAUGGACAGACUCUGAAUCCUCUGAACUUAAAGAAGACACCAGGGGGCUCCUCCGGGGGUGAGGGAGCUCUGCUGGCAGGAGGGGGCUCCAUCCUGGGCAUGGGUACCGACACUGGUGGCAGCAUCCGCAUUCCAGCCAGCUUUUGUGGUUUAUGUGGCCUCCGGACCACAGGAUACCGCCUCAGCUACUCUGGAGUUGCCACUGCUGUCAAGGGCAAGAAAUCCGUGACCACAGUGGCCGGGCCCAUGGCCAAGGACGUGGAGAGCCUGGCGCUGUGCCUCCGAGCGCUGCUGAGUGAGAACAUGCACCGACUGGACGCCACUGUGCCUCCUCUGCCCUUCAGGGAGGAGGUGUACGCCAGUAACCGGCGCCUUCGAAUUGGCUACUACGAGUCAGACAACCUCACUCAGCCAUCUCCUAGCAUGACCAGGGCCGUGAGGCUCACCUCCAAGCUGCUCCAGGAUGCGGGACACCAGCUCAUCCCCUUCUCAGUUCCCCGCAUCGAGUAUGCCUUUAUUCACCUGUUCACCGGGGGCCUGUAUGCUGAUGGAGGGGCCACCCUUCUGGAGAAGCUUAAGGGGGACAUUGUGGACCCCAGCAUGCAGGGCCUAGUCGGCCAGCUCCGCCUGCCAGACCCGGUCAAGCGCUUCUUGGCCGGGAUCCUACGCUUCAUUGAGCCCCUGACCAGCCAGCUUCUGGAAGAGUUACGUGGAGUGGGGACACCCAAGAAACUGUGGGAGCAGCACACAGCGGUGGAGGAAUAUCAGCAAGAGUUCAUAGCCAAGUGGCGGUCCCUGGAUCUGGACGUGCUGCUGGCACCGGCUCUGGACCCUGCCUUCUAUGUCGGCUAUCCUGCCAAAGCAGCAAGAAGCUCUUUCUACUUGGCCCUGUACAACCUCCUGAACUUCCCUGCUGGUGUGGUGCCUGUCACCACCGUGACGCCUCAGGACGAGGAAGAACUGGCCUUUUACAGGGGCUACUAUGGCGAUGGUUCUGACAAAAGUUUCCAGGAGGCGGUGAGCGGAUCCGUGGGGCUUCCGGUGGCCGUGCAGUGCAUCGCUUUGCCAUGGGAAGAGGAGCUGUGUCUCCGGUUCAUGAAGGAGGUGGAGACCUUGGUCAAGGACCAGGGGGGACCCAAGUGACAAGCCGCUUCUUCUCCUGGAGGCCUUCCUACGUCCUCAUCCGAGUCUGCCCUCCAUGUCCCUUUCUGCUCUUGAAUACCGCAUCCCAUUCAUUUCUCCCCUUCCUGGAAGCCCACCCGUGUUUUUUUUCUGUGUGGUCCCUCUGUGUGGGUGCUCAAUACACAGACUCUCCAGAUUAGCUCAAGAUGGAGAGCAGGGUGAAGGGC